CACUUCCGGGGCAGGAAGAACCGCUGUUACAAGCUGGCAGUGCGCAGCGUCCGGAGAGCCUUUGUGAAGUCCACCAAGGCCAGGAGGGAGAAGAAGAGGUUCCUGAGAGCGCUCUGGAUCACUAGGAUUGGAGCAGCUUCUCUGGAACAUGGUUUGAAGUACCCAUCUUUCAUAAGCAAUCUUCUUAAGUCCCAGGUGGAGCUGAACAGGAAAGUGAUUGCAGAUCUGGCUAUUUACGAACCAAAGACAUUCAAGUCCCUUGCUGCCUUAGCCCAGAGGAGGAGACAAGAAGGCUUCCUCGCUGCCCUGGGGGACGGAAAAGAACCAGAAGGGAUCUUCUCCCGCAUCGUAUUGACGGGAAGGAGGCUGCAGAUACGC